AUGCUGGCUGCCUCAGAACGAAAUGCCCGAGAACGGGUAGAAAGUGGCCCAGCAACGAGAUCAUCGUCUAUGUUUGAAGGCAACCCAGCUGCUCCCGAUGAAGCCGAAGGCCAGCUGUUGAUGGAAGUGUUCUUCAAGAGAAUGUUCCCACUCUUUCCCUUCCUUAUGAUUCCCCCAAAUAUCACCGCAGAGCAACUACGCCGAGAGAAACCAUUCCUCUAUCUGAAUAUUUCAAUGGUCGCCUGUCAAAACGCUCCACGUCAGCGGGAACUCGUGGAUGCAGUCAAAGAAUAUGUGGCUGAGCACAUCAUCGUAAGAGAAGAACAUAGCCUGGAUCUGCUUCAGGGGCUUCUUAUCAAUGUGGCUUGGUUCAUUUCAGUCAGUCGUUUCCCACGGCCCAGGGAACGUCUCCCCGAUGUGCUCAAAGUGGAAGAGGAGCCUCACCAUGUUGUUCGAAGCACUGCCCAUCUUGAUACAUUUGUGCACUUACUCGUCGCGCAAUCCUUCAGUUUGGGCCUAAACCAAGUGAAUUACCAGAAAAACUUCAACUAUACUUUGACUUAUUUGAAGGAAGCUAUGAAUGAGGACCCUCAUAAUCCGGUCCGCACACUGGAAGAGCGACGCACCUAUCUUGGGUGUUAUUAUCUAACUACCAUACUUUCGACAUGUGUGAAAGAUUUGGGACCGAUUAUUCGCUUUACAAAAUACACCGACGAAUGUUGCAAUGUUCUAGAGCAGGUCGCAGAAUAUCCCACCGAUGUCUCUCUUGUUCAGCUAGUCCGAGUUAUGAACAUGGCAGAUAAGAUUCAUUACGCACUAUACAACACCGAGGUCAAUAUUUCAUCAGUUUCAUCUGCACCUCCACCUCUUGGACUAAGCAUACGGUGGCUUGAGCCGAGCUUAAGCAACUCAAAGCUCGUCUGCCGACCGAUUCACCACAGUCUGCUUCAUUACAACACACUCGAGAUACAUCUUUAUCGAAUAGCCCUCAACAACGAAACCUCCAAAACCAAUUAUGGCGAUCAUCCUCUCAUGCAAUUGGAUCUCCUCUUCCGCUGCCUGGAAGCAACAAACUCCUUUUUCCAAAACAUGUUCUCUCUCCCCUCCGCCCUUUUCCCUUUCUUCCCGUUCACCAUAAUGUGCCAAUUCGGAAAGGCAAUCGUCACUCUCUCCCAGCUUUCUCUUUAUGACCAUCCAGGAUGGGACCGAGCAUACGUGGAAAGCAUACUAGACUUCGAUCAGACCGUCGAUCGUAUAGUUGGCAAGCUCGAAGAAGAACUUCCACUUUUUGAACAGGCUGCACAAGAUUCCACGCCUACUGAAUUGCCGGAGAUAUUCGGAAGGAUGAGAAACCGCGCGAAAAUGAUUAAAAAGAUGCAUCGUCGGAGGAAAGAUGCUCUGGACCGAAGCUUCCUGCCCACGACUGGUGCCUCGACGGACUACGACUUCAUGAUGGAUUGUCCUCUCGAUAUGAUGUUUCCUUUUGGUGAAAUCCCACCGAUUUAUGGGGAAUAUAUGUAG